AUGACUUCAAAUUCGGUACCGACGUCGGCUCUCGUGGUGGACUUCAUUUGCCUCUUCACCCAUGACCUAAAGCGAAAGCAAAAACGAUGGCAAGAUGGAGUCCUCAAGUACCACACUUUCAACAAACGCAUCAUGGUAUACGAUGACCGUGGCCACUUCAUCGGAGAUGCUCACUGGCAGGAAGGAGGGGACCUGGACGAGGGCGACGAGUUCGAGCUGGACCGGGGCGCUGCCAUUGUGCAAGUCUCGGACCGCACUGGACAGAGAGAGCAGGAUUUAACGGAAUUGCUGGACAAGCGAGCAAAAGAAGUUGAAAGACGCCGUGCCAAUGCUGGCACUCGGACUCCAGGAUCAACUGCCGCCUCAACUCGAACCCCGAGAAAUGAUCAGUCUUCUCACUUUCAACUUCGUCACCGCCCGCUUACAGACCUUGUUGGGGGAGCCUCGAGGAUCGGGAGAGCAGUCAUCUCUCCUCACUCGCCCUACGAGGCUCGCAAAAUGGCCAUCAGCCCUGGGCAGCGGCAGGAUUCGCCUUCCGAGGAUGCGCGGCCAUCAAAAAGAAGGAGACGUGAGGAGUCACCCCCGAAUAAGCUGGGGCAUGCUCGUAGUCUUUUUGGGGCGACUUUGACACUCACGCCCUACACAUCCUCAGCGCCUUCAGUUCAAAAUCAAGCCCUACGAGAGAGGACAAACGAAGCCCCCAAGACUGCACAAAUCACCGCCAGGACAAGGCCACCGGGCACAGUCGACCGUGGUCGCAGAAGCUCCAAAUCACCACCCCCUCCAGACAACGCGGCGAAGGUGGAUGCCGAUCCUGCCCCCCGUCAGAUAGCUCCUCGUCGCACGCUCCCUCAACGGGCAUCUCUCAGAGAGUUACUAGCAGGGAACGAGCAAAACUUCAACCACGACAAGUCUAGGCAAAAAGAGGCCAGCCACCAAGGCCACAAGGGCCCGGGUCAAGCAUCGAGGUCCCGCCCCUUACCACUGAAGGAUGUGGUGGCCUCUGUUCCAGCUCCCGCGCCCGCCCAGCCUAAGAACCGCGAAAGCCAGGCUGUCGAGCCCCUAACCAAUGAGCGCAACCGGAAAAAGCGUUUGAGGCAACCAUCAGGGUCUCCUUCAUCACCACCGAAGGAUGUCAGGGCUUCAGAACUAGCUGAAGACUCUGUGGAGCCAGUUACGGCCCAGGACGAAGCAUUUGAAAGCUGGCUUCAGCAAAGCGAAGAGAACUCUGCAGGUCACGAUGCCCUGGCACAACCAUUGAGAUCACGAUCGCCACCACCACGGGAUUCUGAAACGGAUGCGGUUUUUUCAGCCCAGAAUCGCACUCACAGCGAUGAUGGACCUGAAAAAGCACCCCUUCCCAACCUGGUUCCAACAAGAGCCGAACGCACAACGUCCAAACGACCAACGAAGGAGCCAACGAACAAGGCUUCUAGUGUCCGGGGUACAAAACGAGCUUUGAGUGCAGAGACGGCUGCAGCUCCCCGCAAUCACGCGGAUGAUCUCCCUGUGCCGGCCAAAGAACCAAGAACAGAACUACGAAUCAGGUCAAGACAACGGCGAGGCCUGCUAAUGGUAUCUGAAAAGAAAGAUCGAGACCGCGUCGCGAGAACCUGCAUGCGCCCUGCAGCAGAGACGACCAUCGAAGCGCAGAGGAGACCACCAAUCGACUCCCCUUCACCUUCUGUUGAUGAGGAGCCUAGUGUUGCACACAGCCGUGUCAUGCACCACAAUUUGUCGGGCGACGCAGGUAGUCGGCGGAGCUCGAUCUCUUCAGACGCAUCGCAUACCGAUACCCCAGAUCUUGACGACUUAUUGAACAGCAAUAACCACCCUGCCGUCGUCGUGCCGAGCCCGGAGAAAGAGUCACGCACGUUGGACGAAGAUGCAGAUGCAGAUGCAGAUGAAGCAGCAAACAAUAGUGAUGCUGCGUCGGUCAACAGCCCCGAGGACGACAUGUCACCGCCUCCCAUGCGGCGACGAACGAAUCCUACUCGUCGCAGCAGGGCCAAACCUGCCCAACCCGUGUCGAGCGAUGAGGAGGAAGCCAUCACAGUUGACACUCCAUCCUCAACGCAUGAUGGCAUGGCUGACGGCGAUCCCGACCCAAAACCAGACCCAAAGCCCAAGCCGGGCCCUCGAAUCACAAAGAUGGCGCGAAAAAGCGUUAGGAGCAAGGAAAUUAUUGGUUUCACGCUGCCUACAGAUGACUUUCCACCGUCAGUUUUCACGACGAUGCCAAACGGACCCUUUGGGCAAACGGAGGCUGAAAAGACUGUACAAACGGGCGAUGCGGAAGUGACACAGUUGCACAUGAACGGGGCCCAGGAUCUGACACCCCAAUCAACCACUGUUAAAUGCGUGGCGCAGUCUGAAGUGCAACGCAGCGUGAGCGACAAGUCACAAGGCAAACAACCACCACGCCUCAUCAAUCCAGCAACCCGAGGCAAAAAAGCAGCGAGGAAAGAAGAUGCAGCUGGGCUGCCACCCCAACCCAUAGUUCGAUUGGACCCAGCUGUACCAACCCGCAUCGUCACCGCUGUCCAGGCUCCUGCUACCAAACGGAUGCCUUCUGGAAGCAAUGCAGCCCAGUCAGCAUUGCCCGGGUUCUCCAAGGCGAACGGUGACGCUUUAUCCAUUGAAAAUCAUGAAUUUUCGCGGCCGCUGCCAACAGCUGCCAAUCCGCUUGCUCUACAGGUCAUGGCGAGGAGUAGUGGUCCGCGAACCAUUUGCCUCAGGUUUCAGUCAACAGCCAUCACAAUGAGGCUCCGGAAGCCCUAUCGCAAAUGGGGGCACUCAUCGGGCAUUAUGCCUUGUGCUUGCUUGAACAGCCGACUUUCCAAGGAGAUGCUUUUUAUGCGGUUCAACCCCAUCCUCCUGUUCCAACAACUGACCUGGCACCUUGAAUCCUCCUACGACACUAGCAACCUCCUUCGCAUUCCCUGUCACCAGCCUAUGCGAGGACACUCCAGGAUCCAGCACAUCUCUGGAAACAGUCGUCGCCCCAACUUGACCAAACCUUAUAGGACAGAGGAACUCCAAAGUCUAUAUGACCGGUGGCGGGAGCUGGAAGACUGGCAGAAACCCGUGCAGCACCCUCUAGGUGAUGACAUCAAAGACCAUCUUCAGCCUGAAGGACCAUCCUCAGGGAACAGCGACAGAUCUUCUGUUUCUGGCCAUUCAGGACCCGAAGACUCGGACCACGUAAAGAAGCCCCGUCGCCGCGGUCCUCUCUCAAAGACAAAGAGAGAGAGAACUGCCUUCAUGCGACGGCUUGGUGCUUGUCCACCCUGCCGUUCUCGAAAAGUUGCGUGCAAACAUUGGGAUCUUGGUGAUUUCGAGGCUUCGUACCGGCAGUCGAAGAGGGGUCCCCAUUCGGCGAUCUUCGGGAAGAUACACCAUGAUUGCUUUGGCGAGAUAGGUGAUCUCGCGCGAAGCACCGACCUCUUGGGCCCAACCAACUCGGAUACAUUAAAUCCACCAGAUUCUCUGGUAGACCUUCAUCUCGCAGGGUUGCUGCCGUCGGUAUCAACGGACACCCCCCUUGGCCCGACUCUCGUUCCACUGACACUGGAUAACCCAACCCUGGAUGCUGAACCUAUUCGGGAACCUCAACUGAUGCGCAGCUUCUCCAUUGUGGCCAUUGGGAGGGACUUGACUUGCACACCCACCAAGACAACCACAUGGCAAUGCCUGUUCUGGAAUAACCAACAUGCUGGGGCCAUGCCGGUCAUGGCGAAGCCCUGCACGGACAAGUUCACGACCCCGACAGAAUUAAUGGAUCACUUCUUCAAGAUACACCACCCCGUGGAGCUCUACGACCCCCCAAUCUGGUUUAGAUGCAGACUGUGUGAUCAAUGGAACGACAAACAACAGUACUGCUGCAAGUGUGGAAAUGUGGAAAGUGAGAAACAGGAGCAGUGGAUCUAUGGGUAUGGAGUCUGCGCUUCGCCGUCACAGUCACCUCGGUGCAAACCUCUCUAG